GAUGGCACCUGUUUGCUUCUGCCAGUCGUACAGAUCUCAGCAAAAAUGAAAUUCUUGGUACUUGCUCUGUGCGUGUGCGCCGCGGCUGCUCAAAGCUACCCCGGUUUCGGUGGUUUCCGCAACCCAGCUUACGCCCCAGCGGUCACCGCCGCUAAGGCUGUAGCCUACGCCCCGGUCACCGCCGCCAAGGUUGUAGCCGAAGCUGCCGCCCCAGUGUUCACCCCCGUAGCUGCCCCCGUCGCCCAGGCCGCUGCUGCCACCUACGGUGCUGCCAAACAGGUCGUCAACAAGGCCUACAACAACGAAGCUGAAGCUGCCAUCCUCCGCUCCGAAAACGAAGUCGCCCCCGACGGCUUCAAAUACACCUACGAGACCGCCAACGGUAUCAGCGCUGAAUCCGUCGGUACCUACAAGCAGGUUGGCGAAGCCGGUAGUGUGGUGGCCCAGGGCGCCUACAGGUACACCGCCCCCGAUGGUACCCCCGUGUUCGUGACUUACACCGCUGACGAGAACGGCUACCAGCCCCAGAGCGACCUCCUCCCCGUCGCCCCUGAGAUCCCUCCCCAGAUCGCCCGCGCUCUCGCUUACAUCGCCGCUCACCCCGCCCCGGUUGAGAAGAAAUACUAAGUCUGACCUGACCCGACCAGGACCAUCUGAAGACAGCAGCGAUUCAUAAUACACAACAAGUCAUGAUUAUGGGAAUGUUGAUGUUGAAUUGCAGACGAUUUCUGCGUAAAUAAAGGAACUGUGCCAUCAUUUUA